AUGGCCUGUGUUUCUGGAUAUGACAUAACAACGAAGCGGGUGCCUACAGGACUCAAGGUUGUGACCAAACAGGUUGACCUAUGCCAAACUGUGCGAAAUGUUCUGGGUCAAUCUGAAGACGACAACUUCAUCAAGUCUUCUGAGGCUAUCUGUAAAUGCUUCCCUCGCCUUCAACAGCUGAGUUUUACUACACAAGCCAAGUCCAUUUCCCAGGGAGUUAUAUCCAAGGCGAAUGCAAAGGUUGCUGAUGAGAUUCCCGGCCUAGAGACAGCAAGUUUCCUGUUCCUUAUUCUUCUAGUCCUACGAACUGAUAGUAAUAGUGUCUGCGGGACGGAGAUGGACGUGCCUAUGUAUGCCAAAAUCAUUGCAGGAAUGAAAUCGUGUGAAAAAGGUUCCUGCAACUCGACGCAGAUUAUAGAGGCGGUCCAAUAUGUAUUUAGCCGCUUCAGAAACAAUAUUGAAGGCGGUUUCAAGGGUGUUCUGAGCAACUGGGGAAUCUUAACAUCGAUGAACGCCACUUCAGUCGAGCAAAGGGAUGCAUUGUCAAACCUCAUGUCGUAUGUGUCCCUGGCACAGGCUCAAGUUGAAUCCAUCAACGCCAGCUGCGAAAAGCUUGGUAGCUGUAAGGGACCGGUCGUCUCGUCAUUUAUGGAACAAGCCAACAGCAACAUCGCUGCGGCUAGUUACCUUGGGAAUCUCCGCUUUCCGGCCGAUCUAGGUGGAAAGCUCAACAAUCUCCUUAAACGACAAGCAAAUGCUUCCAGCCAAGCUAGAGAUCUUCUCGACGAGGCCGCCACUGUAGCUUUGUUCAAGAACGGCAAGGUGAAAACAGUGAAGGAUCUUUUUCAGCUUCUUCCAAUGGCCAAACGUGUCAAAGAUCUAUCAAACGAUAUCAAGACUCAGCUGGAUCCAUUCAAGGAAUUCUUGGCCAAUAACCUCACCUUUGCUAUCUCGACUGCCAAAGAGGAAAAUAAAUUGCGCUCGAUGAGUUUUGACGAGAUCGAGCUAGAGCUUAAUGUCAGCGAAAAGGAAGAAAAUCGCGAGGUGCUUGAAAAGUUGGAAGCGAUGCAAGAGCUGAUUUUCAAGAACUACGAUGGUAACUACCUAUUCAGGGUCAUUAGUUCCAUCGGCUCUACCCAGGGGCAACUAUCUUAUUUGUCUGCAAUGAACGGAAAGUUUGUUAUAGAGACUGACAUUGUCACUUUCGAGCAGUGGAGUAAGCUUCCGACGAUGGCUAUGCCAUGUUCAAAGACGGUGGACAAGACAUACAAGGAUUCUGGAUUCAAGGAGGUCUUCUCUUAUCCUGAGUAUUCUAAAUGUACUGUCGAUGGCAUGACUGCGAAAUUCCCUGAUCUUCAGAUAGGUUAUUUCCGUUGGUCGUUUUAG